UGUAGUUUUUGUCAUAUUCGUACGAAUGGUGUAGGAAAUGUUGUGUUAGUUGAUUCUUUAACAUGCUUUUUAACGAUAGGAUAAAUCAUAUAUACAAAUCUAAUUUAAUAGAAGUAAAUUUAAAAUAUUAACAUUUACAUAAUUCGUAUAAUUAUUGUAUAACGAAAAGAAUAUCGUUAUUUGUAUUUGAUAUAUAAAUCUAACCUAUCACUUUGCCGCGUCGUCGAAUUGUAUGUAAAUAAAGAAAUUUCUAAAAUAUGUUCGUACUUGCGGAACUUAAAGAUACCGUUAGAAUACCACCAUGGAAAUUUAAACGAAAAUUGAAUGAUGCAAUCACUGACGAAUUAAAUAGGAAAUUAGCUAAUAAGGUAUAUUUAAACGUGGGUCUUUGCAUUGCAUUGCACGACAUAACAAAAAUAGAAGAAUCAUAUAUUUUUCCAGGAGAUGGUUCUUCACAUACAAAAGUAUUAUUUAGAUUUGUAGUGUUCCGUCCAUUUAUGGAGGAGAUUCUAAUAGGAAAAAUACGUAGUUGUAGCGUUGAUGGAGUUCAUGUAACAUUAGGAUUUUUCGAGGAUAUAGUUAUUCCACCUCACAAAUUACAGCAUCCCUCUAGAUUCGAUCAAGCGGAACAAGCAUGGAUUUGGGAAUACGAUACUGGGGAUGGAGAAAAACAUGAUCUUUUUAUGGAUGCAGGCGAAAUCAUUAGAUUCCGAGUAGUCAGUGAAUCCUUUACGGAAACAUUACCAUCAGGUCCUAACAUUUCUAAUGAAACUGUUGAAAAACCUGAAGUUAGCAAUAUAUCUCCUUAUACUUUGGGCGGUGCUAUAGAUGAACCUGGUCUUGGUUUACUUACUUGGUGGGAAAAUGCAUAAAAGCCUGUGAAAAUGCAGUGAAUACUUUCAGACUUAUUAAAUGCAACAUUUAAAAGUACUGAAUCUUCAUCAAUAAAUUUAUAUUUCACAGCACAUCUCAAUGUAUCAUAGAAUGUUACAUCUGUGACCUGCAUCACAAAGUGACAUAUUUUCCAAUACAAUUUUUUUCAUGUGCAGGUAUGUUUACGCUUAGUUUUGAUUGAUAACAGAAUUAGUAAGAAUAAUUUGUACAAUAUAUACAAAGAUGUUGUGUACUAAACACGUGAUAACACACGCAAAAAUAAUUACAAUGUUAUAGAAAACAGAUCUUUCUAGUUGGCUACCUAUAAAUUAUUAUACGCGAGUUAUUAAAUACAACAUAAAUAAUAAAUUUCCAUUGAUAUUAUCUUAAAAUAUUAACAUCGUUUAAUAUGUCGCAGGACAUAUUGGGUUAACCAAAUAGUAAAGUUCUUAAAUACUUUAAACACACGAAAUACUCCGUUUAUAUCAUAUUAGACUUGUUAACGUGUUAUUGCAUAAGGAAUUUGAAAUAACUAAAGCGCGACGGUAAACUAUAAAUUUAAAAAAGGCUAAUUCCAUUACAGUAAAUUCUCAAGUAAAAUCACGAAUACAAAUAUCAUUUCUCAUAAUAUAUAAAUAUGUAAUAAUUGAUCUCAGUUCUUAUUUCAAUAACAUGUAUUAUAAAACAGAUUAUAUGAAGCAUAUCUUUUAAGAAUAAAGUACUAGAUAAACCGGUAA